UCCUGCAGCGGAGCGAGGAGGCGGAGGAGCAAAGCCGAAUUAGCUCCCCAAAACGAUCGUGUUUCCUCCUGCUUCCAGACCCUCGACCCGAUGUGCUCGCUGUCGUUGGCUCUUCUAGCCGUUGUCAUGUCACCGUUGUGUUUCCGUCGAGCGUUCUCCGAUCCAUUUCUGUUCUUUCUUUAUUUCUCGGUUAAUUUCUGGGCCAUCUCGCCGCUGUUCAUCUGCAUGUUGCUUCGAGCAAACUAACAAAAUUCAGACUUUUAACUUAUUGUUGCGAGUUUGCAUUGCCUGAGGGAGGUUUUCUCAUAGUUCAAUAAAAAGGUUUGUGUGUUGAUGCCCCGUAUUACAUGUUUAUUUUUUUUAAAAAAGAAAUGAUUUGGUUCAAUGCAAGUUGAGUAAGCUAAGAUGAUGUAAUGAAUAAUUUGGGUCCUGAGCAACUGGAGAUUGACACUGUUAGAGAGGCUCGCCAUUAGGUGCAUGGAUGAUGAGAAAGGAGGUGGUUACUGUCUUUAAAGAUGUCGUGGGAAUGAACAUCUCUGAUAAACUAUGCAUUUCCCUGUUGAGCAAGUGCAGGAAUCUGAAAUCGGUCAAGCAAAUUCACGCCUUUUUCUUCAAAAAUGGCCUUCACAACGAUCCCUUUGUCGCCGGCAAGUUCCUUCUCCAUUGCGCCGUUUCCAUCUCUGAUUCUCUCCACUACGCUCACCGUCUCUUCCUACACUUCCCGACCCCUGAUGUUUUCAUGUACAACACCCUCAUCCGAGGACUCGCUGAGUCUGAAUCUCCUCACAGCUCUCUACAACUUUUCAUCCAAAUGCGUCAACAAUCCAGAUUCCUCCCCGAUAGUUUCUCUUUCGCCUUUAUUCUCAAGGGGGUCGCUAAUUGGAGGGAUCUAAAAUCUGGGAUGCAAUUACACGGUCAAUCUUUGUGCUUUGGGUUGAACACUCAUAUCUUCGUGGGGACAACUCUGAUUAGCAUGUAUGCAGAAUGUGGGAACUUAGCAUUUGCUACUAUGGUGUUUGAGGAAAUGUGGCAGCCAAAUGUUGUUACUUGGAAUGCUGUUGUUACUGCUUGUUUUAGGUGUGGGGAUGUGGAGGGUGCCCAAAAUAUGUUUAAACAGAUGCCUAUUCGGAAUUUGACUUCAUGGAAUGUGAUGCUUGCUGGUUACACCAAAGCAGGUGAGCUUGAGUUAGCGAGACUAGUAUUUUCUGAAAUGCCUAUGAAAGAUGAUGUUUCUUGGAGCACUAUGAUUGUUGGGUUUGCUCAAAAUGGUUAUUUUGACGAGGCUUUUGGAUUUUUCAGGGAGUUGCAGCGGGGAGUCAGACUGAAUGAGGUGAGCUUGACAGGGGUCCUUUCAGCAUGUGCACAAGCUGGGGCUUUUGAAUUUGGGAAGAUUUUACAUGGAUUUAUACAGAAAGCUGGGUUUCUUCAGAUUGUUUCAGUGAGCAAUGCUAUGAUAGAUACAUAUUCAAAAUGUGGAAAUGUAGUUAUGGCUAGGUUGGUCUUUCAAAGCAUGCAAGAGGGGAGAAGCAUUGUGUCUUGGACAUCCAUGCUUGCAGGACUUGCUAUGCAAGGUCAUGGAGAAGAGGCAAUACAACUUUUUCAUGAAAUGGAAGAGUCUGGUAUUCAGCCAGAUAGGAUCACCUUCAUUUCUCUUUUAUAUGCUUGCAGUCAUGCGGGCUUGGUUGAGCAAGGGAGUGCUUAUUUUUCUAAGAUGCUAAGUGUGUACAGCAUUGAACCUGCCAUGGAGCAUUAUGGUUGUAUGGUUGAUCUUUAUGGUCGGGCGGGAAAGUUGCAGAAGGCCUAUGAGUUUGUAUGUCAAAUGCCAAUUAAACCUAAUUCAAUCAUUUGGAGGACUCUCCUUGGAGCUUGUAGCAUUCAUGGCAAUGUUGAGUUGGCAGAACUGGUAAAAGCAAGGCUCGCUGAAUUGGAUCCCAACAAUUCUGGUGAUCAUGUUCUUCUCUCGAACAUAUAUGCCAUUGCUGGAAAAUGGAAGGAUGUUGCCAAAAUAAGAAGAUCAAUGGCUGAACAGAGCAUAAAAAAAUCUCCUGGCUGGAGCAUGAUUGAAAUUGACAAGGUCAUUUAUAGUUUUGUAGCUGGUGAAAAGCCUACUGAAUUUACAGAUGAGGCUCAUAGUAAACUUCACGAGAUAGUGUGGAGGCUCAGAGCAGAAGUAGGUUACGUCCCACAUGUAAUAGGUGUAUUGCAUGAUAUUGAGGAAGAGGAAAAAGAAGAUUCGGUGUCUAAGCACAGUGAGAAGCUUGCUGUGGCAUUUGGAAUAGCGAAACUUCCCAGGGGAAAGAUCAUAAGAAUAGUGAAAAACCUGAGGGUUUGCAGUGACUGUCAUACAGUAAUGAAGUUGAUUUCUAAAGUUUAUGAGGUAGAGAUCAUUGUGAGGGAUAGAAGUCGCUUCCACUCAUUCAACGAUGGGCUUUGCUCUUGUAGGGAUUACUGGUGAAUGGUGAUGGACCACUAUUGCAAAAACCUGUAUUCCAAUUUACUUCCUGUGAAUGAAGUUGACUUUAUUUUUCUAUGCUUGCUUCACGUCAAAUGCCGAUGUCAAUUCAAUUUAUGAAGGACUUAUCCUCGGGGGUUUGUAUAUUCAAUAACAAUGCAACGGCAUUGUGAGUUGAGUACAGAACUGCUGAAAGCGAUGCUUACCGAACCAUACAAACAAUUCUGGUGGGUGUUGGCCACUUGGCCAUGUAUUUCCCUCAAAUUCUGGUUGAAAUAUGAUUGAACUUGACAAGGUCAUGGAUGGCUCAGUGGCGUGUGAUGAGGCGCAAGAGGAGGCUCUUACUUUUACUCAACAAACUGAGGGAAAUACUGUAGUUACCUGGCACUUGAGCAUGUUAUGUACCAAGCAUGCAGCAGUGUUUGCACGAACUUAAGGGUCUGCAGGGACUGCGGCGCAGUGACGAUGUUGAUUUCUUUAGCUUAUUUGGUAUAAAUUCAUUAUUGUGAGAGAGAGAAAUCUUCCGCUGCUUCAAAGGAAGAAGGGUGCUUUGUGGCUAUCAGCUGUUUUACCUUGAGCCCUCUAUCCUUUGGAAUGGAGAGUAAAUUAUUAUAUUUAAGGAGCUAAUUGCUUUGAGAAUGAAAUGAAUUAAAAAAUCAGAAUAAAA